UCUCUCUCUCUCUCUCUCUCUCUCUCUCUCUCUCUCUCUCGUUCUGCAGGCGUUCAUCAUCUUCCUAUUUUUUUUUAAGCCUGCUUUGGAUUUGGAAGAGAUGAUGGAUCGUCAUCGGCUCAGUAAUGUUGUUAUAACUGUCUUUUCACUUUCUCUCGUUGCUUGUUUGUCCCCUGACUUAGUGUCAGCGCAGCUCAAGCGCAACUAUUACGCCAAUACCUGCCCCAAUGUUGAAAGCAUUGUUAGGAAUGCCGUCACCCAAAAAUUCCAGCAGACCUUCAUUACAGUCCCCGGCACCCUCCGUCUCUUCUUCCACGAUUGUUUUGUCAAUGGUUGCGAUGCUUCUGUCAUAAUAGCAUCGACCCCAAACAACCAGGCAGAAAAAGAUCACCCUGAUAACCUGUCACUGGCCGGAGAUGGAUUCGAUACGGUUAUCAAAGCCAAAGCAGCCGUUGAUGCAGUGGCGAGUUGCAGGAACAAGGUGUCGUGCGCUGACAUUCUUGCCAUGGCCGCCCGAGACGUUAUUGCACUGGCCGGCGGACCUUCAUAUGCCGUUGAAUUGGGAAGACUGGAUGGCUUGAGCUCAACUGCCUCAAGCGUCAAUGGAAGACUGCCCAAGCCAAGCUUCAAUUUGAACCAGCUCAAUGCAAUAUUCGCAGCCAAUGGGCUAAGCCAGACGGACAUGAUUGCUCUCUCAGGUGCGCACACGCUGGGUUUCUCACACUGUAACCGGUUUGCAAACCGGAUAUACAAUUUCAGCCCUCGGAAUCCAAUCGACCCGACUCUCAACAGAGCAUACGCAAGCCAACUGCAGUCGAUGUGCCCCAGGGUCGUGAACCCCACGAUAGCCAUCAACAUGGACCCCACCACCCCAAGGACUUUUGACAACGUCUACUUCCAGAACCUGGUGACGGGAAAGGGGCUCUUCACCUCCGACCAGGUCCUCUUCACCGAUUCCAGGUCCAAACCCACCGUCAAUGCCUGGGCAUCCAAUUCCCAAGCUUUCCAAAACGCUUUCGUUGCUGCUAUGACCAAACUCGGCCGGGUCGGAGUUAAGACCGGAAGGAAUGGGAACAUUCGCCGCGACUGUGGUGCAUUCAAUUGAUUGAAAAACAAAUGAUUAAUGGGAUGGCACAUGCUUUGCUUAAUUGUGAGAUAGUGGUUCAAUUCAAUCCAGAAAUUAAUUAGUACUCCAGUCGACUGGUUCACAAUAAUAUUGGUUGUGAUCUUUGUGUAAUCCAAUAAGAGAUGCUGAUCACAUUCUCUGGCCUAUCAGGAAAAAGAGAAAAAUUGCAUGGCAAGAAAGGAAAUUGCUGUAAAGUUGUUUCUUUAUUUGUACCAAUCAUAAAUGUUUGUUUGUAAUAGACUUUGAUCAUUCCAAAGCAAAGACGCUUUGGCAAUUAUUGGCUAUCCAAUACAAGUAAAAGAAAAUCAAGUCCCCACCUCCAUGAGUUA